AUGAUGGAUAUAACAGUCGUACUGAGUAAACUGAUUGGCUUGAAGAAUCCAACUGCUACAGAUAUUCAUUUUACUCGUAACGGAAUCAUCAGUUUUACAUUGAAGGCAAGACAGUUUCCCGGUGAUACUGAUUCUGCUCACUGGAUUUUAUUUGCUAUUCGAUCAAGGGGACCCAAGAAAUCAUCUGAAUACUCAAUGGUUGUAACUGAAUUAAGCAAGUUACAUGCUCACUGUUUAAAUGAAUCUGAUCCAGAAUCAAGGCGUCGAAUGCAAAACAAUACUUUCAAAGUAUUGCAUUGUGUUCACGGCCAAACUGAUUAUGAUAAUGAGUUAGAUAUCAACGAAUUUAUUAUCAAAUAUGGGCAGUAUCAAGCUUUUAUUCUAUUUCAGUUGUGUAAGCUUCGAGUAGCAUUAAAUGCGACUAAUUCAGAACCUCCUUUCUCGAUUAGAGCAUCUCAAGUCGAAAAAUAUCAUGUCUUGUGUCAUGGUUUUCUAACAUAUGACAAAGUAACUUAUACUGAAGAUGGAUUAUUGAUACGAAUUUCAAACUGGGAGGACGUACACAUUGGAAAUGUUUGCGAAGAUCUAACAUUUAUGUUAAUCACAUCAACUUCAGCAGAAAUCAGACGUCAACAUUAUAUGCUUAUUUUGCGACAUUAUUAUUAUUCAUUAGUAGAUCUUUACAGACCUCAGUUUAAUAUACGCGAAUUACAAGAGUUAUUUUUACAACUGCAUAAAUCGUUAGUUUUUAAAAGCCUAUCUUUUGUUAUCUCAUUGUUGAAUUCAAAUGCAAACGAUGAAUUAAAGUCGAUGAUUGCAAGAAGAUGGGAAACCGCCGUAGAAGAUGCAGUGAGAAUACAAAUCUAUGGAAUAUUAUAA